CAAGCAAAAAGAUUUAUCAGUUCACACCAUGGGUGGCACAGAGAUGAAGAUAGCCAGGUUCUCAAGCUGUAGAGGGGUGCCAUUUGAGAUCAAUGCUAAUAGAAGCAACCCUUUUGCAAUAGAGCCACCACCAACACCAAUUCCAAAGCCAGAACCAACAACACAUGGAUCAUGGCGUUGGCUUCCAUGGACAAGAACCAGUUCUUUCAAGCUUCUUCCUCGGAUGUAUGCCGUUAGUCCAGGUCGAAGCCGUUCCAGCAGUCACUUCUGUGACAUUGACAUUGAUGCUGACAAAGAUGACCAUGAUGAUGAUGAUGAUGAUGUUGAGGUAGAGUUCAUAGCAGAAGGUACUCAAGAUGCAGAGAAACAACAACAGAAGAAAGCUAAUAGUUCAAGGCUUUCAAUUAUUCUUCUAGAUCAAGGUUUCACAGUGUAUAAAUGGAUAUUCCUUGUUUGUUUGGCCUUGAAUAUGGUUGCAUUAUCUCUUGCAGCUUCAGGGCAUUUUCCAUAUGCAAAGGAAAAGGCUUCACUUUUCUCCAUUGCUAACAUUCUAGCUCUUACACUCUGCAGAAGUGAAGCAACACUCAGAAUUCUUUUCUAUUUGGUUGUGAAGACUAUUGGGAAGCCUUUUGUUCCUCUCAGGAUCAAAACUUCCACAACUUCAUUCCUUCAAAGCCUUGGAGGAAUCCACAGUAGUUGUGGUGUUUCUUCCAUAUCAUGGCUUCUCUUUUCUUUAGUCCUUACUAUGAAAAACAAAAACAAAACUUCCACUGAGAUCAUUGUUGUUGCAUUUGUCAUCCUCUUACUCCUUUUUCUCUCUUCCCUUGCCGCCUUCCCUCUUGUCCGCCACCUCCACCACAAUGUCUUCGAGCGCACGCACCGGUUCGCCGGCUGGACAGCUCUCAUCCUUCUCUGGCUGUUCAUUCUUCUGUCUAUAAGCUAUGAUCCUAAUUCACAAUCCUAUCACUUCACCAUCUCUAAGAUGAUCAAGAACCAAGAAUCAUGGUUCACUCUAGCCAUCACAAUCCUUAUAGUCCUUCCUUGGUUAACCGUUAGAAAGGUAGCGGUUCGUGUUUCUACGGCAUCAAGCCAUGCCACAAUCAUAAAAUUUGAAGGUGGUGUUGAAGCAGGGUUGUUUGGUAGAAUUAGUCCAUCACCUUUAUCUGAAUGGCAUGCAUUUGGGAUCAUAUCUGAUGGAAAGAAAGAACACAUGAUGCUAGCUGGUGCGGUUGGUGACUUCACACGAUCAUUAGUUUCAACAAAACCAAACCAUCUUUGGGUAAGGAAAUUGCACUUUGCAGGGCUAACUUACCUAGUGAAACUGUACAAAAGGGUGUUGUUGGUGGCAACAGGAUCAGGAAUCUGUGUUUUCUUGUCAUUCCUAUUGCAGAAAAGGCAACAUCAUGUUGAUGUGUACCUGAUUUGGGUGGCUAAGGAUAUUGAAACAAACUUUGGAAAGGAGAUAGUUGAGUUGGUAAGAAAUUAUCCAAAGGAGAAAGUGAUUGUUCAUGACACUGGAGUUUGUGGUAGGCCUAAUGUGGGUGAGAUGAGUGUGGAAGGUGCUACUACGUGGAAUUGUGAAGUAGUUAUUGUUACUAGCAACCCUCAAGGUAGCAAAGAUGUUGUUAGAGCAUGCAAGAAGGCCAAGAUUCCUGCUUUUGGUCCAAUUUGGGACUCUUGAAACACUAACUUCUCAAGGGGAAUGGUAUUCAUUUCUUUUACUCUUGUUUUUUUUGGAUCAAGCAGAUAGCAUUAGAGUGAAAAUAGUUUUUGUUCAUUGAACAUAAAACUUGUAAAAUACAGCAAGACUAUGUUUCUCAAUUCGCACUUUUCAUCAACAUAAAUUGGAAAACUAGUUUGUUCAGAAUAU